UGAUCGAUCUUGAUCGAUUUUUUGAUCAGUCCACCAGUUACAUUGUAUUGUGCCAGAUUAUACUUGGUACCUUCUUGUAUCAAUCGUGAUAUUUAAUGUUUAUUGUUCUUAUUGUACAAUUUAUUAAUUAGCUCUUCUAUGGUUCUUAGUCAAUAUUUCUCAUUUCAUUUAUAUCCUAAUUUAAGUCAAUAAUGAUUUGGGAAAGGCCAAGGUUAAAGUUAUCUAAUAGAUUAUGUUUCCAAUUUACUCUAAUCUCAUGUUUUAUGUGCCUAAUUCAAUGUAUGAGCAAUGAAGAAAUACAAUCUCUCAGAGAUGAAGUCAAAGAAAUGUUUUAUCAUGGUUACAAUUCUUAUAUGGAGAAAGCCUAUCCAGCUGAUGAAUUAAUGCCUUUAUCUUGUCGUGGAAGGUAUCGUGAUCGUGAACCCAAUAGAGGAGAUAUAGACGAUGCUCUAGGAAAUUUUUCACUUACACUUGUGGACACACUAGAUACUCUUGUUAUUUUUAAUAAUAUUUCUGAAUUUGAGAGAGGAGUUGCUCUACUUGUCAAAGACUUAAAUUUUGAUACUGAUGUUGUAGUAUCAGUGUUUGAGACUAAUAUUCGUGUUCUAGGUGGUCUUUUAAGUGGUCAUAUUUUCAGUAAUUACAUCAAGGAUCGCUGGAAAGAUCAUUUACAAUGGUACAAAAAUGAACUAUUAUUAUUAGCUCAAGACCUGGGCUAUCGAUUGUUACCAGCUUUCAACACAUCAACUGGAAUACCUCAUCCCAGGAUAAAUCUUAAAUUUGGGAUGAGAUCGCCGCAAAUAAUUAAUGUCAGAGAAACUUGUACUUCGUGUGCUGGGACAAUGAUUCUCGAGUUUGCUGCAUUAAGUCGCCUUACUGGGGAACCAAUAUUUGAGAUUGCUGCACGAAAAGCUAUGGAUUAUUUGUGGAAUCAGCGACAUCGAUCCAGUGACCUCGUUGGUACUGUUUUAAACAUACACAACGGAGAUUGGGUUCGUCGCGAUUCAGGUGUUGGAGCUGGUAUUGACUCUUAUUACGAGUACCUUCUUAAAGGUUAUAUACUUUUAGGUGAUGAGACAUAUCUUCAGAGGUUUAAUCAACAUUAUAAAGGUAUAAUGAAGUAUGUUAGUCAAGGACCUCUUUUGGUUGAUGUUCAUAUGCACCGUCCUAAAAGUAAUGCCAAAAAUUUCAUGGACAGUUUACUGGCGUUUUGGCCAGGAUUACAAGUUCUCAAAGGUGAUAUCAAACCUGCUAUUGCUACUCAUGAAAUGUUGUAUCAAGUUGCUCAGAGACACAACUUUUUAAUACCUGAAGCUUUCUCUAUUAAUGAUUUUGAAGCACAUUGGAGUGGAUACUUUCUACGCCCUGAGUUCAUUGAAUCUACUUAUUUUCUUUUCAAAGCAACGGGUGAUCAUCAUUAUCUAGAAGUAGGCAAACAAGUUAUGGAAGGGUUACAAAAAUAUACUCGUACUGAAUGCGGUUUUGCUGCCGUUAAAGAUGUCCGUACUCGUACAAAAGAAGAUAGAAUGGAUUCAUUCUUCCUAACUGAAACAUUGAAAUACUUAUAUCUCCUGUUCGCUACAAAAAAGGACCUUAUUGUUGAUUUAGACCAAUUUGUUUUCACCACUGAAGCUCAUUUUCUACCAUUAUCUCUUUCCUCUAUGCAACUUGACGAAAUAUCGAAGAUUUCUGAAAAAGCCGAUGCAUUAUCACCUCCUCCCUCAUCAUUUUUAACUUUCGUUGAUGAAGAAAAAGAUGGAAGUAUGCAAUAUUUUCGCCAUUGCCCGAAUGUUAAAUAUUUGAUCAAAAAAGACCUCAAAGUUGACUAUGUUCGAGAUAUACGGGAGACUUUGAAAGGUUAUAUUGCAAAUAGUCGUGAUGCUAGUUUAAAAUAUGCACGAUCUUCAAGUCAAUCAACAUCGACUCCAUCUUUAAAUUUAGCUUCAUCAACUUGUUCAAUGAGUUAUAAUGAUCAUGGUGAUCUCAGUGAGAAGCGUCUAAGUCUUCAACCGCAAGAUUUCUCAGCUACAAACAAGGAACAUCUUGAGAUAAUAAAAAAGAUGGGUAUUAAUGUUGGUUUCACAACUGACGGGCGGAUUCAAUUGAUCCAUUCAGCAGCUACAGCAGAAAAUGUUGAUAAAGGGGUUGAAGGAGCACUUUUUAUGCAAGAAAUGUUGCGCUUGUCCAAACAACAAGUUAAUCAAUUCAACUCUAAACACCAAUGGCUGUCAUUUAUUUCACCAUCCACAGGAUCUAUGCUCAAAUUUAAGUCCGGUAUCGCACAAUUUGGUUUACAAUUAAAACAACCGUUGUCCGGUAAAGUGUCAAUCGCUGAUCCAAUUAAAGCAUGUUCUGAGCUACUACCAGAGUCAAAUUCAGCUAUUUCUGGGAAGAUUGCCAUCGUGGAAAGAGGUGAAUGUACAUUUGUACAAAAAGCUAGGGUUGUGCAGAAAGCUGGAGCCAUCGGCUGUAUUGUAAUUGACGAUGUCAUUGGUACAACUGAAGAAACCUUACCAAUGUUUGCCAUGUCAGGUGAUGGUAAAGACGAUGUCUCUAUUCCUGUUACAUUUCUUUAUUAUCAACAAGGACAUUCUUUGAUGUGGUUUCUCAAGCAGAAAGAUGAUCUUGUCAUUGAAAUAAAUGCAGCCGAUUCAAAGGAUAACAACCUAGACUUUUCAUCAUCCAAACCAUCCGAGCCAAGUAAUAAUGAAGACAAAGAUGGUUCCUACGAAGAUGACUCGGAAGUAAUGUCACCCGUAGAAGCCUAUGCUGAAAUUACUGAUAUAACGCAACAGAUAAUCGGAGGCAAUGGCGAGGACACUGAAAGAGGAAUGAAAGUAGUUGAAGCAGUGUUGAACAGUUUUCAUCAUGAUUUAACUCUUAAAUAUCAACAGUAUGUUAAAAACAACUUUAAUUCAAUUGUAGAGGGAACAAUACUGCAAGAUAUGUUUUCUUCAUUACAAUCUUCUCUCAAAAACAUGAAAACAGUCUUUGAAAGCGAAGGCGAGCCUCUACUAGCCAGAUCAAAAAGGAAACGCAAUUUAAUGUCUUUAAGAACGUGUAAUACACUAACUUACGAACAUCUCAUUAGUACCUAUACAAUCUGUCCUCGAGUUAAUACUGACUGAUUUUAAUUAGAUGACCUGUGGUGAACAAAACAUAAAUUUUAAGUUUUACUUGGGUUAUCAUCAGCAAAAAAUUCUCACAAUUGGAACGUAAACGCAUAAAAAGCUAACAAAACUUUUAUCAAAAUUUAUAAAGAGGAAGCCAAAAACGCCGAUUGAUGUGUUUAAGUUAGCUCACUGGACUGGACAAAGCCUUUCUCUGAGAGUGGUGUGCAUCGAGAUGAAUGAUGGUUUCCUUGUUAACCAGGUGACGAGCUUGACGCAUUUGUAGAUAAUUUAUUCCGAUUUUCAUCUAGAACAGUCCAUGCUAUGUGACCUAUUGGUUUGCCCGAUACAAAAGUUGAACUUCCAGAGCACAACUUGAAGUUAUUUUUAUACAUAAGGAGGUGUUUCCAGAGCCUGCUAAUUAGAAAAAAUGAUUCAAAAGGAGAGAUUCAACAAAGAGUUGAAAAUCAGAAUUUAGAAAAAAUUCGAGUCAUCUUGAAAGUAUUGGGUAAUUUAACACAAACUGUACCAAUGUUGUUUACCUGAACACCUAUCUUUUUUUACUCAGCUUUGCAUAAUGUUGAAAUUAUUGUCAUGCUUAACAUCAUUGUCAUCUUUCUCAUUGUUCCUUUUCUUUCUUCAUCAUCGUAAUUGUCAUCAGAUAAUCCAACUGCUUUACUUUUGUUUAUUUUUAACAAAAAGUGAAUCAAAUUGUUAUAAAAGUUUAUUUUGAA